AUGAUCGGCGGCUCUACAUACAGACGGAUUGUCGCACGUCGGCUGCUUGGUAGCUUGAGAUGCCGGAACAGCCAGCUCACUAGAGGCGUCGCCUCCAAAGCUAGGGGUCGCGCGCCGCCCGCCGACUGGCUCGCGGCCGAGACGAAUGUUGCACAACGCCUCCUGGACACUGGCCUCUGGCGGAGUUCGCGAUCGGGCAAAUAUAAGAACGCGUCCGUGGACACCCGCAGAGUCAACAUCGUAAGCGAGGAGCUCUGCUCCGACAUUAUCAAAUACAUUGGAUACUCGCUCGAAAGACACAAUGGAUGCGACUUGCUCGAUCUUAAUCCAGGGGCUGGCCUCUGGAGCAGAGCGCUGCAUGACGCCGUGCAGCCGCGCAAGCACAUUCUCCUCGACCUCGACGCCGACUUUUACCAGCCAUACCUACAAGACCUCAUAUCCAAGCCCAACGUCGAGUUGAUUAAGAAAUCCGGCAUUAUAUGGAGAAAUCUCGAAGAUGUAGUCGCGUCGCACUUCACCGCGCAGACCAAGGUCACGCCGCACGUAGAGGCACCGCCGCCGCGCAACGAUACGCUGCUCGUGACGGCAAAUUUGUCCAUGUGCCCUAAGCGGGCCUACCGCGGGUUCGACAAUGUCGGCACUAUGGUGCUGUACCAGUUUAUGUCGAGCAUCCGGCAGAGCAGCCUGCUGCAGCAGUACGGACUCGUGCGCUUCCUCAUCUGGACCAAUGAUGAGGACAAGCAUCGUGUCCUGCCGCGCAGCAUCCUGCGCCGCCGCCGCAGCGCGUUCGAGGCCGAGCUCUCGUGCGAGUGGCUACACGAGGUCUGUGGCAGCACCGUCGACGUGCAUGCCCGCACGGCCCUGCGCGACGAGCGGAUCAAUAUGGAAUCCUGCGCAGCCGCCAUGGCCAGAAUGGAGGCGCGGGGGAUCAAGAUGCCGGCCCAUCGCCAGACGGAUAGGUACGCGCUCAUCUCUGAGAGACCGACAGCCUUCAUGGGCAUCCAGCUCGCAGAUGAGGGGGCGCCGCAGCUCGCGCGGCCCUACUUGGAGGAAAUGGACCGCCUACGGGCUACGCUGGACCCAGACAGCCCCUGCGCAGAGCUGCAGCGCCUGAAGCAGCUCGAGUACCGCGAUAGGCACGAGCAAAAGCUUGCCGCCCAGUUUGGCAAUCUCUUGCGGCAGCGCGCCGAGACGGCCGCCCUCGCCGGCACAGCAGACCUUGCCGCGCGCGACGCUGCCUACGACGCCGCCGCCGCCCGGCUCCCAAAGAACAAGGCCGCCGAGUAUCAGCGCCUCAGCGACAACUACCACCUCUUCCGGCAAGACCCGCCCGUCAUGCUCUGGGACCGGCGAGACUACGAGCCGCUCGUCGCGCGGCCGCCCGACUUCUUUCCCAACGCGCCGACGACGCUCCUCGACAUGCAGCCCAAGGCCAUGGACCCUAUUCUGCGUCAGUACGGCCCCGCGACAUCGCGCGCCGGUGAAAUGUCCGACGUGCUGCUGCACCUCUGGUUCAUCAACACCCUCGGACCGCUCGGGGACGGGCUCGACCGGCUCUGGGGCGGCUUCGGCAGCGAGAUUGGACGGUGUCCGAGCUUCACCGACCCGCGCAGGGGCGGCUCGCCGCUGUCUGGCGUAGGCAAGAUCCCGGCGCGGUGCAUCAACGAGGAGCAGUGGCUCGAGGUGAUGCGCGCGUGGAUGGAUUGGCCAUUUCGCCCAGCGUACACGCAGCUCCUGGGCCGCUACUCGGAGGAGGAAAGCGCGGCGGACGACGAGGACGCCACAAAGUCUGGCGCACAGAGUCUAGGCUUUUAA